UCUUUUUGCACUAGUAACUAAUAAACACAUCUCCUGCACCCUUGUUCUCUCAACUCCAACUCGAGUAACCUAAAAAGUUUCGUUGAGGAGAUCGAUUGAGCCACUCAUGGAUCAAUUGCCUAAAUGCGGAGCUAACUACAUCCCCCUUACACCCGUCACCUUCUUGCGGAGGGCGGCCGCCGUCUACGCGGAUCGCCCGUCCGUCAUCUACGAGCGCACCUGCUUCACCUGGAAGCAGACGUACGACCGCUGCUGUCGCCUCGCUGCUUCUCUCCGAUCUCUCGGCAUUUCCAAAAACGAUGUGGUUUCUGUUCUUGCGCCGAAUGUUCCGGCACUUUAUGAGAUGCACUUCGCGGUGCCGAUGGCCGGGGCGGUGCUCAACACCAUAAACAUGCGGCUCAAUGCGGCGAACGUGGCCGGGCUGCUGAAGCACUCGGAGGCCAAGGUGUUCUUCGUCGACUACGAAUUCGUCGGCCUCGCCGCCGACGCCAUCCGCCACCUGGCGUCCGGCUCGGGUGCUAACCCCCGCCUCCCUCUCCUAGUCCUGAUCGAUGACGUCGACGCCCCGACCGGCGCGCGCUUCGGCGAGGCGGAGUACGAACUGCUGGUGGCGAGCGGCGACCCGGGCAGGUUCCCGCCGGUGGCGGUGGAGGACGAGUGGGACCCGAUCGCGCUGAACUACACGUCGGGCACGACGUCGGCACCGAAGGGGGUUGUGUACAGCCACCGGGGGGCGUACCUGAGCACCCUGGCGCUGCUCCUGCAGUGGGGGGUGGGCGCGGCCCCGGUGUACCUGUGGACCCUCCCCAUGUUCCACUGCAACGGCUGGACCUUCACGUGGGGGGUCGCGGCGCGCGGCGGCGCCAACGUGUGCCUCCGGGGGACGGCGGCGCGCGACGUCUACCGCGCCAUCGCCGAGCGCGGGGUGACCCACAUGUGCUGCGCGCCCGUCAUCUUCGGCAUGCUGCUCGACGCCGCCGAGUCCGACCGCAGGCCCCUGGCCAACGUGGUCGAAGUGCUGACCGGCGGCGCCCCGCCCCCCGCGGCGCUCCUGGAGAGCAUCGAGAGCCUCGGCUUCCGCGUGACGCACGCCUACGGGCUCACGGAGGCCACGGGCCCAGCGCUGGUGUGCGAGUGGCCCGGCGAGUGGGACCGCCUCCCCGUGCAGGACCGGGCGCGGCUCAAGGCCCGCCAGGGCAUCAGCGCGCUCUGCCUCGGCGACGUCGAUGUCAAGCAUGCCGACACCAUGCGGAGCGUCCCCCGCGACGGCGCCACCCUCGGCGAGAUCGUCCUCCGGGGGAGCAGCAUCAUGAAGGGCUACUACAAGAACGAGGCCGACACCGCCGCUGCGUUCAGAGACGGGUGGUUCCUCACCGGAGACGUCGGGGUCAUCCACCCGGACGGGUACGUCGAGAUAAAGGACCGGUCCAAGGACGUGAUUAUAUCGGGGGGCGAGAACAUCAGCAGCGUCGAGGUCGAAGCCGUGCUCUACCGCCACCCGAUGGUGCGCGAGGCCGCCGUGGUGGCGAUGCCGCACCCGCGGUGGGGCGAGACGCCCUGCGCCUUCCUAGCGCUGAAGAAGGAGUACGCCAACGGCGGCGGAGGCGUGGUCGAGGAGGACGACAUCAUUUCCUACUGCAGGGACAACAUGCCCAAGUUCAUGGCGCCGCGCAAGGUGGUGUUCUUGGAGGAGCUGCCAAAGACGUCGACGGGGAAGAUACAGAAGUUCGUAUUGAGAGAAGAGGCGCGCUCGCUUCAAAGCAUCGACGAAAGGAUGCGGACGCCACCGCAGGGGGCGGCCGUGGCGGCGGCAAAGGAGAAAGGGGCGGUCAAGGUGGUUGGUGGCAACAACGGUAGAAACAGUAGACCGGUGAACCAAGUGCAGGAGGUGCAUGCCAUGUCCCGGCUUUGACUUUGACUUUUACUUUGACUGCGGGUGUUGACCCAGCCCGUACACCGAACGAACUCGUGUCUACUACUAUUCAGCACGCCUCACUUUUGCUGUGUGAGGUUCAGAUAAUAAUAAUGUUUUAAAAAAAGCAAGUAGGGAACGCUACGAAAGUGUAGUGUGAUAGAGGAAAAAAACAGAAUAUGCUUUUUUUUUUUGUAAUAAUUAAUUAGAUGUAAAGGAAGUGCUAAAUAAUGCUUUGAGAAUCUGCGUCUGCGU